AACUGUUUGUUUACUUUUUUAGGCAAAACUCUUGAAUCGACGAUCGAAUUUCGCUGAAAAUAACAUUUGCGGGUGUAUUGCUUUGCUCAGAUACUAACAGUCGGACAUUCCCAUGAUGACCAACGUUUACGAUGUUGCCAAGUGGCCCAUAUUUUCUUUACUUGCUGACGAUCUUCUGGUGAGCGGCAUAAGGCUUGCGUGUGUCUACGGGAGCGCAGGCAACGAGGCCAUCUAUGUCACCAAGGAUGAUGAGGUUUUUGCCUUUGGCAACAAUCACAAUGCGUGUCUUGGCCUCGGUGAUGUCCAGUCCAGCUUGGCACCACGGAAGAUAGAGUCCCUUUGCAAGAAGGGUGUGAAUUCCCUAGCGUUUGGAAGUGGACCGCAUGUUGUUGCUGCCACUGAGAAUGGGGAGAUUUAUAGCUGGGGUCACAACGGAUACUGUCAGCUCGGCAACGGUAGCACAAGCCAAGGACUGGUACCACAUCGCAUCUCAACCAACCUUGGUACAUGUAAGGUCUGUCAUAUAGCCUGCGGAAGUCACCACAGUCUUGUCCUCACUGUUAAAGGAGAGGUGUUUGCCUGGGGUUACAAUAACUGUGGUCAGGUUGGUUCUGGUGCCACUGCUAAUAUCAAUACUCCUAGGAAAGUUGCUUCCGUAUUGAGUGGAAAACGUGUUGUCUCAAUUGCCUGUGGACAGACAUCAUCCCUAGCUGUUAUCGACAGUGGAGAGGUCUAUGGGUGGGGCUACAAUGGAAAUGGUCAACUUGGUCUUGGGAACAAUGUCAAUCAACCCAGUCCAUGCAAAGUAUCUAGUCUGAAUAACUUAAUCAUUGCUCAG